CAUGGGCAUCACCUGGGAGUAGUUAGCAAUCAGACCCUUGAACCCCACGCCAGACCCACUGAGCCCGAGUCUGCUGUUUAACAAGAUCCCUGGGUGACUCCCGUACACAUGAAGGGUUAGGACAUGUCCCUCCAAGGCAGUGCUUCCCAGGCUUGCCAGUCAAAGGGACCUCUUAGUGUGUCUGAAAUUCAGAUUCCUGUGCUGCUCCUCCAGUGACUUGGAUUCAGAUGUGGAAAGAUCCCAGGGUUCUGAUACUAACAAGCCCCUCAGGUGAUCAUUAUGAUCAGGUAAGCAUGGGAAACUUGCUCAGUUACCUCGGUGCUGUGUUCCCCAGGCAAGACCAAGCUGCUAGGCCAGAAAAAGCCCUCUCCCUCCAGGACCAUGACAAGGCAGCCUCUUCUGCCCCAGAAAACAGGAACUUGGGGAAGGUAGCUCCUUGAUGGUCUGUGAUGCCGUCAGAGGAAAUGGGUGGUUGUGAGAACCACAGCGUCUGCAGAUGUGAGCCGGGAGCCUCAGAGAGCUCCGAGCCUUCCUCCCCGGUCCACCUGUUGUUGGGAGGUUCACGUUGUCGGGGUUCCGGCCCCAUCCCAGGUGUACAGACUGCUGACCGCAGGCAGGUACGGAGCUACCUAAAGCGAUACCGAGAGCCUCUCCCUGAAGAUUUUCCUAGGCCAAAAGGGUCCUGGAUGUCCUAGGACUAAGGAUGUUGGCAGACUUCCAGAAGGGCCCCCCGAGGCCCUAACCUUCCCAGCCAAAGCAUUCGUCUUAGCUGAGCCCCCAUUCCAAGCCUCUAAUGACAGGAAACGAAUUUCUCUCGACAAUGUGCCUCUGAGAGUUCUGCUAGGGAACAAUGGGAAGUCAGCCCAGCAGAGGGAAAACCCUGCCAAGCCCAAGCCCAAGCCCCUCUCUCCAAGACCAGCGUCCUGUACCCAUGCAACCAGAGAAGAGCAGGGCCACAGCCGUGGCCCUGGGCAACUUCCCGGUAGGCGAGCAGGCAGAGCUGUCACUGCGGCUGGGGGAGCCACUGACCAUCGUCGCUGAGAACGGAGACUGGUGGACGGUGCUGUCAGAGGUCUCAGGCAGAGAGUGCAAUGUCCCAAGCGUCCAUGUGGCCAAAAUCUCCCAUGGGUGGCUGUACGAGGGCCUGAGCCGGGAGAAAGCUGAGGAACUGCUGUUGCUGCCUGGAAACCCCGGAGGGGCCUUCCUCAUUCGGGAGAGCCAGACCAGGAGAGGCUGUUACUCCCUGUCAGUCCGCCUCAGCCGCCCUGCAUCCUGGGACCGGAUCAGACACUACAGGAUCCAGCGCCUUGACAAUGGCUGGCUGUACAUCUCCCCGCGCCUUACCUUCCCGUCACUGCAGGCCCUGGUGGACCAUUACUCUGAGCUGGCGGAUGACAUCUGCUGCCUCCUCAAGCAGCCCUGCGCCCUGCGGAGAACCGCCCCAGUCCCUGGCAAGGACAUACCCCUACCUGUGACUGUGCAGACGGAGCCCCUCAACUGGAAAGAAUUGGACAGCUCCCUCCUGUUCUCUGAAGCUUCUGCCACAGGGGAGGCGUCCCUGCUCAGUGAGGGGCUCCGGGAGGCCCUCAGCUCCUACAUCAGCCUGACCGAUGACAUCUUGGACGAUGCCAAAGCCCAAAGGAGAGGCCGAAAGGGGAACGAACGCUACAGCACCUAGAACCCCAACACAGCUCAGCCUGAGCACCCAGAGGCAGGCUGUGCACUGCUGGGGAGGGAGGGACACAGAGGCACAGUCAGGGUCCCCCCUGUAUCCUCUGUUCCUUCCUCUCAGCCCUAAGAACUCACAGCCUCCUCCCAGUGCCAUGACCCUGCCGGCAACCUCAGGUUCACACACACCGAUGAGGGCGGGGCCAGGGCUCCAAAGAGACUGAACUCCCUCUGCGGCCUGGUGUCAGUGCCCAAGUUUGAGUAUUCCAGCACAUCUUCCUCCCCUGCCAGUGGAGUCCCAUUCAAACCCCCUGCCCACUAAACAGUCCCACCCAGAAGGUAGAAACCACCACGAGCAUCAAGAAAAAACCCCAAAUUUACAAGGGGUGGGAAAGCAGAGGAGACAGAAGGCUCACCAGAGCAGCAGAACCUGGGCUGUCCAUCCACCCCAACCCCAAAACAAAAAGCAGGACCCCUGACAGUCCAGGUCCUCGAAUGUCCCCAUCAAGUCCCUUCUCUGGACUGCCAUAGUUCUCAGCUCUCUACUUCAUUUUGCAGCUUGUCCUUUGGACCUGGCCAAGCCUUACCAGCAUUGCCAUCUGGUGGCCCAAUGCAAAAUGACACCUUCUGAGCCUAGCACACUGUGAUGAGGUCAGUUCCGAGUGGCUCUUGGGCUGAGCAGGAGCACUAGGGUGUUGGAAGGCCUCAAGCCCUCUGUCUCCAAAGCCAAGGCCUCAGCGUAAACCCAUAAGGGAGAGAGGCCGGAUGAAGCUGCUGAGGGAGCAGGGAGAGGAAGAGGGAUAGUGAUGGGAGGGCACCGCCUCUAGUGUUCCUACGCGGCUCUCGGGUUAGAGGUGAGGUGAGAAAGGCUUUACCAGGUACCAUCAACAGGUUGUCGAUUAAAGAUCUGAUUUAUUCAAGUAUCUGAAAACACUCUGCAAUGGCAACUGUUACCUGACGCUGCUUGCACUGUGCUAUGAGCCGCGCACACACUGCCGUGCUGUUUUCAGAAGACUGGAAAUGCCACUGAUAGUUUAAAAACUGUACACCUGAUGGAGAAGUGAGGAAGACAAUUUAAUGUUUUAUCCGGAUCCAGAUUUGCAUAAAAUUAAAUGACAGCUCCAUUCUGCAAAUAGGUGUUUCAUGAUGGUAUCCAAGAAGAAAUGGUUGGUGAU